UCGAUAGGUCGACUGCCAUUAACGCAAGCGUCGUGAAAAAAGCCACAAAAAAUAAAUACAGACAAGACAGGCAUUUCGAGAACUUUUGCAAGAAAUCAAGCUGAAAAGUAGUCCCGACGCUCCAAGAUGAAUGGAGGCAACAUGCUAUAUGGCGGCGACGAAAUUGGAGCCCUAGUUUUCGAUCCAGGGCACCAUUCGUUGCGUGUGGGCUACGCGCACGAGGAUUCGCCGAAGGCUGAGAUACCCUCUGUUGUCGGCAUUGGAGCAUCCCCAACUCCGGAUACGAAUCUUGAUCCAGAUACCAAAACUGACAACAAUGUGACGCCCAACAUAUCAUUUCACAUGAUUUCACAUGAGGCCUUGUCCGCCACUACGUCCUCGUUAUCCCGCCUGCAGCCUCCAGUUCAGCUCCAGCUCCUACUCCCGCUCCCGCAUAUUUGUUUGUUUAGUUACUAGUUUAUCGAGCAUGCGAAGCAAACGAAAUAUGAAAACCAAUUCGGAUUAAAGAAUAGCCUUAAGUUGUAAUUUAUAGUAAUGUAUUUUUUAAAAUAAACUUAUGUGCAUUUGAUGUACAUGGA